CGAGAUAUCGCCCGGGAUAGCAAGCUAGAUUCAUCCGCGAUGAAAGCAAUCGCAGUUCUCACAAUGGUCUUUCUCCCUGGAACAUUCUUUGCAUCACUCUCCGCAAUGCCCCUUUUCGACUGGGAAGCCUCCACCACCCUACACAUCAUGAAAUCUCGAUCCUGGAUAUACUGGGCCGUCGCGAUCCCAUCCACGAUUCUCGUCCUUGUCUUCUGGAGGAUCUGGUUCAAGUUCGAUAGUUGGAGA